CCACCGAAAUUUUACAAUCGCUAACAACUUCGUGACGCAUAGGCUAUUGAAUUAUAUUGUCCUAACGGUGUUGUAUUUAAUGGCGGUAGUAGGUAAAAAUGACUCUAGUUCUGGCCAUUCCUCAAUAAAUUAUUGAACCGAUCGGACUUGGAAACAUCAACGAACUUCAAUAAUCUUCGUCCAUUAAGAAUAAUCUAUUGUAGCGUUAAUAAGGACAUGAAGAGGAUGCCAUGGAUUGUUGUUACAUUGAACAAAACGAAGCUACAGGAAUGGACAAGGUAUUUCCAAAUGUAUCUAGUCCAGAAAUGUUCGAUAGUGAUGUGGAAAACAAACACAAUGAACAACAAGAAGUAACAUCAGUAAUUGAAGAAACAUUGGUCAAAACUAGUCCACAAGAACCUUCCCAGGCUACUCUUAUCACUAAGUCCGACAAUUAUCUGCUGGCCAGAAUCAAUAAAUAUUUAACCGGAGUACCUCCACCGCCAAGUCAUACUAUUUGUCAAAGCGAUUGUAAUGACUUGUUGCGUUAUAUUCAACAAAACCAACAAUAUUUUUGGACAACCUCUCCUAUAUCAGAAGAGAAAAAUGUUAGACAAGAAGAAAUAAAUAAAUCUUUUAAUCAAGGAACAUUAGAAAACAAUGAGAUGUUUUCUUUUUAUAAUACCAAUAAUACUCAAAGAAAUUUAGCUAAUGCUUUUGAUGAAUGCAAGUCAAAUACAAACAAUGUUUCUGAAGAGAAUAAAUCGCUUAUUCUUUAUAAUACUAUCGGAGAGAAAGAAGUUGAAAAUUUGCCAUGGUCAGAAGCAUAUUUUCAUAAAUUUCAUGGUAUCCAUUAUAAUAGAAAUAAAUCAAUAGAAGAAUUCGAAAAUUUAACAAUGAAACUAUGCGAAAGAUAUAUAGGAGCAGAAACACAAUCUACGUGUAAUGUAUUUUUUUCUAAGCAAGGACCUGGAAGUGCUAGAAAAAGAAGUGUUCUAGCUAAACGUAAUUAUGGUCAAAGUCCAGGAAAGAGAUUGAGUCAUUUAGCUCGAAGAAGGAGAACAUUUUCUAGUGCAAAUUUACAAGGAUUAAAUCUCAAUGAUAAGAGACAAUUAGUAUUGAGUGUCAAAAAACCUACAACUAGAAAAGGUAAAAGUCCAAGAGGCAAAAGUCCAAGAUAUAAAAGUCCAAGAGGUAAAAGUCCUAGAGGAUCGGCUAAGAAAAAAGUAGUUCGAAGGCUUACAUUAGAAAAUAUAAGUCCAUACAAAACAAAAUUGGACACAUCAAGACGAGCUCUUUUCCAAAGUCCACCCUUAGAUAAAGCAGGCCCUAGUAAAUUAUUUAAUUGUAGUAGUACCAAUCCCCAAACAAUUAAACGUGCUUUAUUUCCCACUCCUAAGAAGGAAGAUAUUUUAAUGGAAGGUGUUAAAAUAAUUGCUACCGAAGAAUCUAAAAAGAGGAAGAGUGAAGAUGAUUUACAAGGACCUCGUUUCAAGUGGGCAAAGAGUUUAUCGUUUGAUUGCCCUCUUGAAUUACAAAAUACUACUUUACGUUCCUGGGAUCGCGAGAGACAUUCUUCUGGAAAUGUCUUAUCACAACAUGAAAUGUCUGUCACGCAAGGAAAAAGUGAACUUAGUGAUACGCAUAGAAAGAAAUUAUUAUGGGCUGUAGCAGAAGCACUACGAGGCAGAGGAAUUGGUAUGGGCCAUCCACAGUUUAAACAGUACGCUUCAAAUCUAGCACGUACUGUUAAAAAAUUAAUGCCUGAUCUUGAAAAUAAAAAUAUACCAAGAAAACCUGGCAGUACAAGUGAUCGUAUGUUAAAAUUGGCUAAACAUCAUGCUCUUCUCAUAACAGAUACAAGGACUAUGGAAUGACUGUACUUGUUAGUACGAAAAAAUAUAUUAUUGUAUCUUUUAUACAAAAAAAAUUCGUACAAUUUUAAAAGAAAAAAGAAAUAGAAAAAAGUACGAGUGUUAUUACUUCGAUACUUUCAAAAUAAUGAAGGACUUUUAAUUAAUUUAAUGUGAUAAAUGUGAUUAAAUGCAUUAAUAAGAUUUACAUAAUUUUUCACGAAAAAUUAUUAUAUUUUACUGUAUAAAUGUAAAAGAAAGGUUCUCCUAAAGUCACAGUGUAUAUAUUAGAAUAAUUGUAGCCUGGACGGGAUAUUUACAUAUUUUAUAUAUAUAUAUACACAUAUAUAUAUAAAGUUCUGUAAAUCAAUUAUAUUUAAUAUGUGAUUGUGAUCAAAGUACGUAGCUAAAUCAUUAGAAGCAAGUAAAUACAAAUUUAAAUCUUAUUGUCUUUGAAGAACCAAUAUCAAUUUUUUCUUAUUGCAAAGAUAAACUUUUUCUUCUUGGUAUUUCAAAGUUUGAUAUUGUUUUAUAUUAUUAAGAAUUAUAAAUCAUAGAAAAUUACCUUGCAUAAUAAACAUCAAAUUCAAUAUUUCCAAAGAAACUUGAUAUCUGGAUUUAUUCUAAACUAUUAUCUAAAUUUAAUUCUAUUCGAGCCUCUUAUUUUCAUUAAAUAAGGACUUUGGUAAGAGGCAAGUAAAAAGUUAGAAGACUAUGUUACACGUACGUCACAAAUUGUUGCAAAUUCUGUUUUGUUCUAUUUCAAAGUGAUACCUUUGCUUUAUUAUUUAUAAAUUAUGAAAUAUACAAUUUUUUUAUUGCUAAUAUAUAUCAAUUUUAUCUGCGCCGUACGAAUACUUUUGCUCAAUACAAUUGAUAUGUAUUAGCAGUCAUAUAUAUAUAUAUAUCAGUAAAUAGAUUAAUAUAUAUUUUAGCGACAUAUCUAGCAUAAGAUUUUUUUAUAUAUAUAUAUUUAAUAUAAUUAAGGCGAGUAAAAAAAUAAAGACUAAUAAAGAGGGAAGAAAUAAAGACUAAUACAGACUAAUUGCGAUAGGGAUUCAGGAGAUAUUAAAUUAAUUCUAUAAAACUUUUUUAGUUCUCCUUAUUCUGCAUUUUGUCGACCGACCCUGGCAAUCAGUUCAUCUAAUAUUUGUGUAAGUUCUUUGUUCUCCUUUGUUUUUUGCUCUACUAUUUCAGCGAGCGAAUUACUUUUCAAUUCAGCUUUCCUCACCAUCGCAUGCAACUUUACCGUCUCGGCUUCGUGUUGUUUUCGUAUAUCCACUAAUUCUAGGUUGGCCCUAUGACAAAUUUUUUUAAAUUAAAAAUAAUGUCCUUUCUUUUCUAUUAUAAUAUUUAUCUCAUAUUUUUAGAUAUUACAGUAUCUUCAAUUUAUUAAACUUACUUUCUUAAUUGCGACAUGGCAUGAGUUUUUAAUUGAUCAUAACGAUUUUCUAAAGACUUUAUUGUUUCCAAAUUUUCUUGGAUACUUUCUUUCAAAACUCCUUCGUUAUUUUUAUAUGCAGAAACGACUCCCUUGAGCCUUUCAUAUUUUAAAUGAACAUCAUUAAAUGCAGCUUCCGUGUUACUAAGAUGAAGAUUUGUAGCUUGAAGUUCUUCUUGUACUUUAGACUUUUCUUGCUCAAAAUUAGCACGAUCCCUUUCUUUUUCUGUGAGUAAUCGACUUAUCGAUUUUUCAUAUUCAUCUACGACAACUCUAUAUAACAAAAAUUACAAUAUUUUUUUUAUAUAAGACAACUUUUAUAACAAAUAAUAAAAUAAUUAUAAAAAUUUGAAAAGUAAAUUACGUCAAUUGAUUUUUAUUCUCAACUUCUUGAUUUAUUUGCGCUUGCAAUUUUGUUAAUUUUUCUUGAGAAGUUGCCUUUUGUUUUUCCAAUUUUGAUUCAUAUUCUUUUUUCUGUUUCUCCAAUUCUUUUUCCAAUUGCGACACAGUCGCACGUAGUAACUCUAAUUUCUCCGUUCCGUCUAUAUCGUCGACUUCCUUUGUAUCAGAUUUAGUUACUUGUAUAGGUUCAUCCUUAGAAAAUACAUAAGAAAAUAUUUAUAAAGAAAAUAUGAAAUUAAAUGUAAUUGUUAUUACUAACUAAUUAAUAAAAAAGAAUACUUUAAACAUUGCUUA